AUGUUGGAGAACCGUUCCACCAUGCCUCUGCAAUCACAUUCCUACAAGUACCGGAUAUAUAACAAGUACGAAGGCGGAAAUAGACCUGUUCCCGGAAGGAUGAAUCGCAGUUUCGAUCUUUCGGACUCGCCAAGCUACUACGAACAGAACCGAUUACGAAUUUCUAAUGGGCGACAGGGUUUUGUGAAUAAUUUCGAUGUUUCUGACCGUGCUUCGUCUAGAAAUGGAUUUGAAUUGAACCGAAGCUUUGAUGUGGCGCCAGAAUACUCAACGCGGGAGACUAGACGUUUGGAGCGAAGUUUCCAGAACAGAGGGUUGGAUAGGAGUCCGGAGAACAUCGGUAAGACAACAGCACGUAGCGGAGGGAUAAUAGUGAAUCGGAGUCCCGAAAAACGAAUUCAAGACGGCAGUUUAGGUGUUCGUCAUCGCGAAGUGAGCUUUGAUGAUCUACCUGCUGGUCGUGCUUUCAACAGAGGUGGUCUUUAUGCAAGCUUUCAUUCCACCGAUGAACCGGCAGGACGUUUUGGUAGAAGUACAGGGCCAGUUCACUUUCAACGACAAGCAGGGGAAACGUUAAGAAAACCAGGUGUUUCCUUUGAAGCCAGUGGGUUGCCCCAAUCCCGUUCUUUCGGACCAGAGAUUACAAGACACCAGGACAGACCCGAGGCCGUUCGAUCACUGAGCAAUGAGGCCUUGAGCAAGAACCAGUUAUCUUCCAGUAGACUCGUUGGUGUCACUUCUGAGUCCCAGAGUGCUAUGUCAGCAUCAACAAUGAGAGACAUGCUCAACAAAAGCCAAGAGCACGGCUACAUAGAGAGUGGCCUGACCUUGGAUGUGGUGUACAUCAUUGAAAGAAUCAUCUCUAUGACCUUUCCAUCUGAGGGUCAUGAUGCAACAUAUGCUUAUCAUCUGAAAGAGGUUGUCGAGAUGCUGAAGAGGAAACAUGGGGACAACUAUUUGAUACUGAAUUUAUCUGAAAAAAGACAAGAUCUGACAAAAGCAAACCCCCAGGUAAAAGAAUAUGGUUGGCCAGACCAUCUUGCACCUCCCUUAGAGCGGCUGUGUUCCCUGUGCAAAGCCAUCGACUCCUGGCUGAAUGCAGACACCAGAAAUGUGGUCAUCCUCCACUGCAAAGGUGGCCGAAGCCGCAUCGCUUGUGUCAUUGCAGCCUACAUGCAUUACAGUAACAUCUGUGCCAGUGCUGAUCAGGCUUUGGACCGAUUUGCCAUGAAACGAUUCUAUGAUGAUAAGUUGGGCGGUCUUCCACUUCCAUCACAGAGGAGGUAUGUUCGUUACUUCUCCGGCCUUCUGUCUGGGGCCAUUAAGAUCAACAGUAAUCCCUUGUACCUCCACCACAUCCUCAUCCAUGGAGUGCCCAACUUUGAUACCAAAGGUGGCUGUCGGCCAUUUAUUAAGGUCUACCAGGGGAUGCAACCUAUCUUCACAUCCGGAGUCUACAACGUGACAGACAACAUGCAGAAAGUCUGUAUCUCCAUUUCGCCGGGAAUCCCCCUCCGUGGCGACAUCCUCAUCAAGUGCUACCACAAAAAGACACGAUCUGGCCAAAGGGAAGUCAUCUGGCAGUGCCAGUUCCAUACGUGUGCCAUAUCUGAUAACAGUCUGGUCUUCUCCAAGCAGGAACUUGAUGAUGCUGUCUUAG